CUAAUUAUUAUUUUCCCUAUCUCCCGUUUAUAGCUCUGUCUUGUGUUCUCUCCUCGAGCCCUAGCUUCCUGAUCAAUCGUCACCCUUGUCGAUUUCUCCAAACCCUAAUUCUGAAUCAGAAGAGAAGUUGGAUGCUGAAAAUAUGAGUUCAUUCUCGAUCACUCGAAAGAAAACGCCAUUCCAGAAACACAGAGAAGAAGAAGAAGCUCGGAAGAAGAAAGCGGAGGAUGAAACGGCUCGUUUGUAUCAAGAAUUCGUGGAAUCGUUUCAAGGGGAUAAUGCAACUACUAAGACUUUUGUUCGAGGUGGGACGAUAAAUCCUGGUGACAAGCCUAAGGUUGAUUCUGAAGGUGAAAAGUCCAAAGAUGGGGGUUCGGUUUCAAAGAAGGGGAGUAGGUAUGUUCCCUCUUUCCUUCCACCACCACUGGCAUCUAAGGGUAAAGAACCAGAGAAGAAGAGGGAGGAGGAGAGGCCUAGGGAGAGAGAAAAGGGAAAGACUCGAAAUAUAGAUCAUUUCAUGGAGGAGUUGAAACGUGAACAAGAAAUGAGAGAGAGACGAAACCAGGAUCGUGACCGUCAGGGUGAUAACUCGCCAUCUAGCCGCUUUGAUGAGCUACCUGAUGAUUUUGAUCCCAGUGGAAGGCCAGGAUCGUUUGACGAUGGUGACCCACAAACUACAAAUCUAUAUGUUGGGAAUCUGUCCCCAAAGGUUGAUGAGAAUUUCCUUCUGCGCACUUUCGGAAGAUUUGGACCCAUAGCCAGUGUCAAGAUUAUGUGGCCAAGAACAGAUGAGGAGAAGAGGCGACAAAGAAACUGUGGCUUUGUUUCCUUCAUGAAUAGGGCUGAUGGACAAGCUGCAAAAGAUGAAAUGCAAGGGAUCAUUGUGUAUGAGUAUGAACUGAAAAUUGGAUGGGGUAAAGCAGUUUCUCUACCGUCACAAGCAUUACCCGCUCCUCCACCUGGACAUAUGGCUAUUCGGAGUAAAGAGGGCUGCAACUUGGUUUUUUCUGGUCAAACGGGUCCACCAAUUAUAACUUCUGUUCCAAAUCAAAAUUCUGAGCUGGUUCUUACCCCUAACGUUCCGGAUAUCACUGUUGUUACCCCUGAGGACGAGCACCUCAGACAUGUGAUUGAUACAUUGGCUCUCUAUGUUCUGGAUGGUGAAUGUGCUUUUGAACAAGCUAUCAUGGAGAGGGGCCGUGGGAAUCCACUGUUUAAGUUUUUGUUCGAGCUUGGCUCAAAGGAGCAUACUUACUACGUCUGGAGACUCUAUUCCUUCGCUCAGGGUGAUACACUUCAAAGGUGGAGGACAGAGCCGUAUAUCAUGAUAACUGGUAGUGGAAGAUGGAUACCGCCACCACUGCCUGUAACUAGGACCCAGGAGCACGAAAAAGAGUCUGCCAGCACAUAUGCAGCGGGAAGAACCAGGCGUGCGGAAGUUGAGAGGACUCUGACCGACCCUCAGAGGGAUGAGUUCGAGGACAUGUUGCGUGCUCUUACUUUAGAAAGGAGUCAGAUAAAAGAAGCUAUGGGUUUCGCUUUAGAUAAUGCAGAUGCAGCUGGAGAGGUUGUUGAAGUUUUGACGGAGUCCCUGACUCUAAAAGAGACAUCAAUUCCAACCAAAGUUGCUAGACUCAUGCUUGUGUCUGAUAUUCUUCAUAAUAGCAGUGCCCGUGUUAAAAAUGCAUCUGCAUACCGAACCAAAUUCGAAGCAACUCUACCCGAUAUAAUGGAAAGCUUCAAUGAUCUGUAUCGAAGCAUAACUGGAAGAAUUACUGCUGAGGCUCUAAAAGAACGGGUUCUCAAAGUACUGCAAGUAUGGGCAGAUUGGUCUCUCUUUUCAGACGCAUACAUACAUGGACUACGAUCCACAUUUCUCCGAUCAGGAGUCUCUGGUGUUACCUCAUUUCAUUCUAUCUGCGGUGAUGCACCUGAAAUAGAGAACAAAAGUUACGCUGACAAUAUGAGUGAUAUUGGGAAGAUCAAUCCAGAUGCUGCACUGGCAAUAGGCAAAGGAGCUGCAAGGCAAGAGCUGAUGAAUUUACCAAUUGCUGAGCUUGAGAGGCGUUGCCGGCAAAACGGACUCUCUCUUGUAGGAGGUAGAGUAAUGAUGGUUGCCCGGCUACUAAGCCUUGAAGACACAGAGAAACAACGUGGCUAUGAAGCCGUGGAUGAAAUUUCAAAGCAUCCGCAAAACCAUUCAACUUGGGAAGAAGUUAAGAGUGAGCGGGAGCAUAUCAAGAACAGCUACGCAGAGGUUGAAAUGAAAGAGCCUAUUAAUCUGGCCACGACAAUACCAAUCCCACAGCCUGAGCUGAAAGCCUUUGUGGGAAAAGAGAAGAAUGACCUCAUAUUGCCAGCUUCAAAAUGGGCGAGAGACGAUGACGAAGCUGAUGAUGAACAAAAGAGGAGCUCCUCUUCAGGAAGUGACAAUACUGGUGGGAUAACUUUCAAGGCCGAUGACGAGGAUCUCAAGGGAAAUGAUUGUGUCCGUGCCCAACCUGACAAUGGAAUGGACGAGGAACAAAGACAAAAGCGUAGACGCAUAGAAGUUGCUUUGAUAGAGUAUCGUGAAACUCUUGAGGAAGAGGGGAUGAAAAACGCCGAGGAGAUAGAGAGAAAAGUAGAAAUCAACAGAAAGAGGCUUGAAGUUGAUUAUGGCUUAUCCAAAUCUAACGAGGGCAACAGAAAUCAGAAAUCAAUCAUAGAGCGGAAGGAGACGCGUGAAGGUUCACAAGAAUCUUCUAAAAAGCGACACCGUGGGGAAAACCAGAGCCAAAGUCCGCCACGGAAAUCAUCAACCAGGGAGAGGGAGAGAGAUCAUGACUUGGAGAGAGACAGGGACAGAGAGAGACAUAGAGACAGAGAUAGGCAACAUGAUUUGAACAGGGAUCGAGACCGACGUGAAAAGAGUUCAAGCCACGAUCGAGACGAUCAUGAUAGAAGCAAAGAGAGAGACAGGGAUUGGCGCAGACGAGGCACGAGAUGAUGAUGAUGUUAUUAGACUUGUUUUCACCUCAUGGUUUGUUCUCUGCAUGACUGGAAGAAUUUAACCUUUUGUGUUUCUAAAUCCAGAAGAUAUGUAGAACUUGUUCUCAGACACAGCUUGUAAUUGUGUAUCCCAAUUUCUGAAAGAUUUCUCACUCA